UGUCGUCUUCCUCAUAUGAUAUCUAGGUCAUUUUUUGAUGGUCACCUCUCCACGGCUGCAAACUUUUCUGGCCGCAGUCGUCAUCCUGAAACCAACUGCAACACCCGAUUAUCUGAAAUCGUUCAAUUUACCAUAUUUAACUCUGUAACCCGCACCAGAUCAUUAUAGCAAAUUAGGAGCACGCUCAAGUCAAGUCAGCCUAAGAAAAGCUGCCUCUGAUACAAAAAUAUAUUUUUUACUGACAAUUAAGUGUCGAUGAUACCAUGGUCAAACUUCAUUCACAGCAAAUUUACAACUUCAAAUAGCAGAAAUUAUUACAGCAAUCUUGCAUACACUCGAUUUAUAUGCCAAUGGAAUGGCUAAAUACGUAUUGGAUAAGCAACACAUGGUCAACUUCCUCCAUCUUAUUAACUCUUCACAUCUCGCAACCCUCUUGGAACUAUGCCUUAAAUCAAAAUCAUCAUUCAAACAAACCCAAUGCAUACACGCCCAGAUCAUCAAGUCCAGAUUUUGCUCCGAAACAUUCAUCCUAAAUAGGCUGGUUGACGUUUAUGGAAAAUCUGGUUCGGUUGAUGAUGCACACAAGGUGUUCGAUGAAAUUCCUGAGAGAAACAUAUUCUCUUGGAAUGCUGUGUUAUCCACUUUAACGAAUGCGGGUCGUUUAGAUGAAGCAAACCGGGUAUUUGGGUCCAUGCCGGUGACUGACCAGUGCUCGUGGAACUCUAUAGUGUCGGGUUUUGCUCAACAUGAUCGGUUCUCUGACUCGAUUGAGUUUUUCGUACGUAUGCAUGCUCAAGAUUUUGUGCUUAACCAGUAUUCUUAUGGUAGUGCUCUUAGUUCGUGUGCAGGUUUGAGGAAUAUGAGAAUGGGUACUCAGAUUCAUGCUUCGGUUUUGAAGUCUCCUUAUGAAGGAGAUGUUUAUAUGGGUAGUGCUCUUAUAGACAUGUAUUCGAAAUGUGGGAACGUGGGUUGUGCUCAAAAGGUUUUCAAUGGGAUGAAUCAACGAAACACGGUUUCUUGGAAUAGUUUGAUCUCGUGUUAUGAACAAAAUGGUCCGGCUGAUGAAGCUCUUGAUGUUUUCAGGAGAAUGAUGAACAAUGGGAUUGAUCCGGAUGAGGUCACUCUAGCGAGUGUGAUUAGUGCGUGUGCGAGCUUGUCAGAACUGAAUUUCGGACGGGAAAUUCACAAUCGAGUUAUAAAGUUUAACAAGCUAAGGGAUGAUAUUGUUAUAUGCAACGCGUUGGUUGAUAUGUACGCUAAAUGCAGUAAAAUCACAGAAGCAAGAUGGAUUUUUGAUACAAUGCCAAUCAAAAACAUCAUAACACAAACAUCCAUUAUUAGCGGUUACGCUAAGUCAGCAAACGUUGAAACCGCACGUUCUUUUUUUGUCAACAUGCCAGAUAGAAAUAUAGUAUCAUGGAACGCGUUGAUCGCUGGGUACACACAAAACGGAGACCACGAAACCGCAUUAGGACUCUUUCGCAAACUAAAACAAGAAAACGUCUUUCCAACGCAUUACACUUUCGGGAAUCUUCUUAACGCAUGUGCAAACCUUGCUGAUUUGAGAUUAGGCCAGCAAGCUCACACCCAUGUCGUAAAACACGGGUUUAGAUUCGAAUCCGGACCCGAAAGUGAUAUCUUCGUAGGAAAUUCUCUUAUAGAUAUGUAUGUCAAAUGUGGAUCUAUAGAAGAGGGGAAACGAGUUUUUAAAAACAUGGCUUGUAAAGAUUGGGUGUCGUGGAACGCAAUCAUUGUAGGGUUUGCUCAAAACGGUUACGGGGUAGAAACGAUUGAGUUGUUUAAAGAAAUGUUGGCGGCCGGUGAGAAACCGGAUCAUGUUACAAUGAUCGGAUUACUGUCUGCUUGUAGUCACGCUGGUUUAGUUAACGAGGGCCGUUAUUAUUUCAACUCAAUGAGUAAAGAAUUUGGAAUACAACCAACGAGUGACCAUUACGCUUGUAUAGUUGAUCUACUUGGUCGAGCCGGUUGUCUUGACGAAGCGAAAGACCUGAUUGAUAAUAUGCCGAUGCAACCCGAUGCUGUCGUAUGGGCGUCUUUGCUUGGUGGUUGUAAAGUUCAUGGUAACAUUGAGUUAGGAAAAUAUGUGGCGGAAAAGUUGAUAGAGAUAGAUGGUAAUAACUCCGGUCCGUAUGUUUUGCUUUCGAAUAUGUAUGCUGAAAUGGGAAAUUGGGGGGAGGUUAAACGGGUUAGAAAGCUUAUGAAGCAAAAAGGUGUCGUUAAACAACCGGGCUGUAGUUGGAUUGAAGUCGAGGGUAAAGUUCAUGUUUUUAUGGUGAAAGAUAGACGGCAAGCUAAAAAGAAAGAAAUUUAUCUGGUGUUGAGAACACUUAGUAAAGUAAUGAAGCUGUUUGGUUGUAGUCGUAAUGCUCAUGAGUUGGAGGGAAAUGAAGAAGGGAGUUUAGAUUUGGAAUCACUGGACUCACCAAUUACUCUGGAAGCCUCAUAGUUUUGCUGCUGAGUUUUUCUUUUUACAUUUAUUAGUCACCGAAUCUCUGUUACAAUGGCUGGAUUCUGUCCAGGUAGACAAUCGAUGGCAGUUGAUGGUUGUUAUCCGAAAGUGGAUGUAAACUGUUUAGCCACCAAAGAUAACCGUCGACAAAACAUUGCCUAUGUAACUAUUAUAUAAACCUAUUGUAUGGUCUUGUGUAAUCACCAAGAUAUCGGCAAUUCUGUUCGAUAUCCCAACAAACUGAAGUCAGGCCGUCAGGGACCUACUGAGUUCUUGUCUCCUUACAUUUUUUCAUUUGACGUAUAAGGUGUCUGAUUGCAGCA